CAACAUCUCACAUCUAAACUGAGGCAGCUUGAACUGAAACGAAGCGGAAAACUCCGAUGUCCGCUACUGGACUAUGGAAUUUAAACUGGACUGGAAAACACAAGAAUGCACAUUUACGCCACAGACAACAAGUUAGGAAACAGGAACCCUCCCGCAUUUAGGCAACAAAACUAUUUGAACAGUCAACAGUUUGGACUGAAAACGUGCCAAACACAAACCCACAGACCUGAGCCUGGAUGUGGACACAUCUUUGGGAAUUUGUUGGGGCUGAAAACGGAACCAUUCACAGUAGAUAGUGUCUUUUUUAUCUAUUCAGUCACGUUUCAGGCUUUAAACUCCAUCAGCAAGUCUUGGAGAAUAUGACUAAAGGGCCAAUGGACACGUUGUGUAUCGGACAGAUGUCGGUGGACAGUCACUGUAGGACGGAUGCAAACACCAUCUCAAGGACUUACAUCUAAGCUACAAAGUUGAAUUUUAGAUUUUUUUUCCCAGAGGAAUAUAUCUUCCACUUAAAUCCUCGAUGUUUUCAUAUGCGAUGGACUCAGAUAAUGACACAUGUCACCACAAGCUCCACAUAGACUCCGAGAAGAGCCCGGUGAUCAGUGCCUUCAUGUUCGCAGCGGGUGUCUUCGGUAAUGUAGCCGCCCUAGUGCUCCUGGAAAUCCGUCGUCGUCGAGAGACAAGCUGCGGGGGCCCGCGACGGCGUUCACUGUUCCACUUCCUCGUCACGGCGCUGGUGGUCACAGACUUGGCUGGCACCUGCCUGAUCAGCCCACUGGUUCAGGUGUCAUAUUCACUAAACACAACCCUGGUGGGGAUGUCGAGCACCCGCAUCGUGUGCGAAUACUUCGGUGCCAGCAUGACCUUCUUCAGCCUGGCCACCAUGUCACUCCUCUUUACCAUGGCAUUGGAGAGAUGCAUCGCCAUUGGGUACCCCUAUGUGUACAGCCGCCAUGUCACCAAAAAAUGUGGUUACGUCACCAUUUCAUUUGGGUUUCUCCUCUGUACAUUGUUCUGUCUCCUCCCAUUCACGGGCUUCGGCGACUACGUUCAGUACUGCCCUGGGACGUGGUGCUUCAUCGACAUGAACCCCAGUCACAAGGAGGACAGGGUGUAUGCCAACCUUUAUGCCACCAUCAUGCUGGCACUGGUGCUGGCCAUCGUGGUGUGCAACGGCUUUGUGGUGUACCACCUGGUCAGGAUGUACCAGCGCCGCAGGAGGAACGGCGGCUCAAUGACGAUGGCCACGAGGUCCAAGAAGGAGCGUAGGGUGUUGUCCAUUGCUGAGGAGGUGGAGCAUCUCAUCCUGCUGGUCUUCAUGACCAUCAUCUUCAUCAUCUGCACACUUCCAUUAGUGAUCCGUGUCUACAUCAACUCUACACCGAAGCGCAAUGAGUCUCACCGCAUGGACCUGAUAGCCCUCCGCUUCAUCUCGGUCAACUCCAUCAUCGACCCCUGGGUCUUCAUCUUCCUCUCGCCCAACAUGCUGCACUUCUGCUGGGCCUCGGUCUGCCGAGCUCCCCUGCGAACCUUCAGGAGUUCUGUGCUCAAAUCGUCACUGUCAAAAGAGCCGUGUCCCGCUCAAGUGGAACUGUGCCACCCGGAGCUGGAGUCCAGUGGGCCUGCAACUUUUCAGACAAGCCUCUGACCAUAACAUUCCUGUUAUAUUGAUAUUUAUCUUGUUUAGUCCCAUGGUGUGAACGUGCUGAGAAACAUCCCCACUCCAUCAAUCCGGGUGGAUGAUGGUUUGAUGGAUUUCUAAGGAAGGACUGGACGCUAGAGACCGUUCCUUGUUGACGUUAGGCCAAAAGACAGUGCUACAUGCCAAGUACCUCACAGUGUCCAGAGCCUUUUCCCCAUGUGGAGGCUGUUCCACAUCCAUUAGGCGGGAGUUUACAUCAUUUGGUGAGAUUUCCAAUGAGUUUGGUGGGUGUCUCCACCAGAUUGUAUCUAUCUCAACCCAUUACAUUUUCCAGCACUUCCAGCUAACUAGUGGGCGUUUGCAGACAUGUGUGUGCCUCUUAAUCAUGCAGUGCGUGUUCUGAUAAGUGGAUGGGUGUUUUCACAUGGACCUUCCAUCCACCUCUAGCUUCACAGCCAAGUUUAUGCAUAUGGAAUGCAUACUGACACUGUCCAAGUAUUUUAUUUGCAAUCACUCACGUAUAUUUUGCUCCUGUUGCCACUUUAAUUUUGUGUCCAUGAAUCAGUGAAAAGAAAAUCCCGAUGGGAGAUCUAAAGAAGACCAAUUGAUUGUGUUUUCGUCAAAGUCUGUAUUAUAAAAUGACAUUAUAUAUUAUGUUGAUGGAUAUUUUUUAACCAGUUGGUCAAGGCUUUUAUCCAAAACGCCUUAAUUAGUACAUAUUGUAUUUAUAGCUUCUGUGCAUGGUGAUAUGAGCACUGCGCCCUACAUACUCAUAGACAAAUGUUGAUGGAACCUUGUGUUUUAUUGGAAGAAUAUCCUUGAAUGUUUAUUUUACUAAGCUUGUGGAUAUGCUAAUAUGUAUUUAAAAGUGAGCUGCAGUUCCUAGUGAAUGGACUUGAAUGGGGUGGAGUGUAGGGCAGGAAAAUGAGUAGCUAAAUCUGACUGAAUGCAGACAGAAAGACUGGUGACGAGGUGACGAGGACACGGUGCAACAUACUCUAAACAUCUGUCAGCUCAGAUGUACAACAAGUGACUAAAGAAUGUAAGAGUGACCUCCAGUGUAGGCCCCACAGUGGCCUCACAUGUAAAAAUAACAGCCCUUGCAUGCAAAUCAUUGGUUUACAGGGUGGACGUACCACAUGAUUCCUGCCAACUCAAAUAAGGCCCUGCUGUACGUCUCUGCUGAGAUUGAAUUGCUGCCCCCCAAACACUUUAGACUGAACCUUGGUCUGGUUGAAUGAGUGAGACGUCAUCUCUACAUAUGGGCUUCUCCUUCCAUUAGAGGACCAUACCGGUGAUUUUGCACGGGUAACAUAAUAUCUAUA